GUCUGGAUAUUAUUGCACAGCCUGGCGAGGAUAUUACCUUGCCCUGUGUCGUUGAUCGGGCAGAGUGGCAUAGCCUGGUGUGGCGACGUGGUGGAAAUAUCCUGUGGGUGUUGCAAAACAACGAGGGAAACUUCCUGUUGCAGGCUGUCACGCAAGACGACCGCUUUGGCCGCAACGACACGUCCCUCACCAUCAAGAGCGUCGAGGCCACUGACGAAGGGACCUACACCUGCGAGCUCACCUGAGACCGUUCCUCCUCGAAAUGUGAAGCACUUCCUCAAGGUCAGAGUGCCCCCUUCAGUGUUGCCAGCGAAUGGGCGCAGAAUUAUGACAAUCAAAAUGGGCAGAACAGCUACUCUCGGCUGUAACGGAACUGGUAACCCUGAACCUAACAUAACGUGGACUAAAGAGGGACGGCAGCUAAAAGUAGGGCAGAAUCUUACAAUAGUGAACGCCAAGCCUGAGGACAACGGGAAAUACAGGUGUACAGCGAGCAACGGCGUUGGUCGGCCCGCUUCCACGACCAUCACGCUGGAGGUCAUGUACCCGCCUGUAGUGCGAGCUCAGGAGACGGAAGUGUACACGGGCGUAGGUUACGAAGCAACGUUAUCUUGCUUUGUCUACGCCGAGCCCCAUGCCCAGGUUAAGUGGUACAGGAAAGGGGGCACGCCAGUCGAUCCUAUGAGACUCAUGAGGACGGUCAACAGUUAUAAAAGAUAUUCACUACAGUUUGCUCGAGUGCAUUUAGAAGAUUUAGGAGAUUAUACUUGUAACGCCACGAAUUUCAUGGGUAAUGAUUCAGCUUCAGUAAGACUAUCUGCUAGACCGAAACCUGUUAGAUACGUGAGUCUUCACCAGGGAGACAUGGAGACCAACUAUACACUCAUUUGGGAUGUUGAGUCCUAUGUUCCGGUUUUAGCAUAUGAGAUUGCUUAUAGGAAUGACACCGACGAGGAGGACCGCUGGAUCACCUUCACGGUCCCCGGCACGACGUCGUCCACCAAGUACCACUCGAUGAGUCACACGUUCACGGACCUCGAGCCAGGGUCAGCCUACCACGUCCGUGUUGUGGCGAGGAACGAGUACGGACAAGGCGACGUCAAUGAGUCUUUUGCCUUCACGACGUUAGGCUCUGCCGGCACAGACUAUCCCACAUACGUCCAAACGACUGGGGAAGAGUCAGCUGAGGCAAGCAACCAAUUAGAAGACAUAGUUUCAGAGGCGGAUGGCGGCGUCGUCUCCCAAGAAAUCCAGAAGACGUCGGCGGCAGCCAGUGAAGCCUUAGUUAAUCAGACAAACCCAGAAGAUAUUACAAGAGACGAAGUAUCUGUUGCAGGACAAGCUGUGAUCCACGAUGACACUUCAGCUGCGAAUGAACUGAGUCCGAAGGAGAGAAAGAUGCAGCUGAUGGCCCUCGUGACAGCAAUCAGCUUGUCGUCUUUUUUCUGAUAAUUUGCUAUGAGGUUGUGAGGAGAAUAGUCUUCAUUCCAGGCCUGGAUAUGUAUGUCGCUGGAGGAGGCUUUGAUCUGCCCUACGAGUAACAUCUUUCGUGUCUCUUCGGGCGAUAGAAAUUAAAUUACGAUUAGACGUUUCCUUCCAUUCAUUGUAAAUUUAUAUGGCAUCGUUGCAUACACACACACACACCCACACACACACACACACACUCACACACACACACACACACCCACAACACACACACACACAC